GGUCAAAGGAUGUAAGAAAAACAAUGUCUUCCUCCCUUUCCGAAGAUGAAUUUCAUCGAAUGCAGAUUCAAUUGUUGGAACUAAGAACAACUAAUUAUGAACUUGAUGGACAAUGUAAAAAGCAAGAAAGAGAAAACCAAUUAUUGAGAGACAGGACUGAAACCUUGGACAAAGAGUUACAGAAAGCAAACAAGGCCAUUCAGAAAAGCAAGAAGGCCAAAGAAGUCGAGUUACUGAUCCAGGAGAAUGACCAGCUUCAGAGGAAACUCCACAGUCAGGAGGAGGAGUUCAGGCUCCAGAACCAGACCCUCAUGCAGGAGCUCUCAACUGUUAUUUCAGCCAAUGAGAAUUACGAGAAAGAAAUCACAGCUCUAAAAGAGAAUAGACCCUUAGAGGAUUCUGGGAAACAAAAUGACCGGGCAGAGCUUGAGGGUCAGAUCAGGCGGCUACAGGCUGAAAAUGCAGCCCUGCAGAAAAAAUGUUCAGAUUCCGGGGAGAAGGGUGAGGGUGAUGAAGCAAAGGAUACUACUGAUGGAGCCCCCAAUGUUAAUGAGUUAAGUCUGAGUCUGGCCACAGAGAAAGAGGAGAAUAAGUUAUUACAGGAACAACUCUCUACCAUGGAGAAAUCCUUGAAAGAAAAAAUCCAGGGCUUAGAGGAAGAGGUUGAAAAAAGUGCAGACAAACUGAAGAAAAAGCAAGAGAGUUACUUGCAACUACAUGCUGAAAAAGAGGGUGUAUUCACUGAGUAUAGUAAGAAAUUGGAAGAUCUCCAAGGUGCAAGAGACAGGGACCAAAAAUACUAUACCGAACAGAUAAAUAAACUCCAGCAGGAAUUAGAGAAAAGUAAAAAGUCCAUGGUGGAGCUAGAAGAGGAAGUGGGUAAACAGAGAACCCAAUCGGAACAGACCAUUGCCUCUCUACAGCAACAGGUGAGUGCAGCUAAUAUUGUGGAGAGUCAGCAUGUGAAGGAACAGACAGACAGACUACAGCAGCAGAUACAGCAGCUCCAGGGGCAGGUGCUGGGUCUGACCCAGGCCAGGGAUGACCUCUCCGUGCAGCUACAGGCAAGUAAAACCGCUCAACAAGAAACCUCAGACCAACUCCUGGCCUUACAAAAAGAACGAGACAAGAGGAUAGAAGAAUGGCAGGAAAUCAACAAAGUUGCAGAGAAGAGGAAGACGAUGUUAGACGAGCUGGCUAACACGUAUCAGAGAGAUAAUGCAGGCUAUCAAGAGAAGCUCCGCCUCCUACAGGAAGAGAACCAAGCUCACGUACAGGCUCUCCGAGAAGCCGCAGAGAGUGAAAAGACUAGAAAUACAGAGCUUGAUAAAAUCAAGCGGGAACUGGAGGAGGUGAAGAAAGACAAACUGUCUCUGGAGGAGGCCAAGUCCUGGCUGGAGCGCCGCCUCAAGGAGACCGAGGAGUCUUUACAAAAUCACUUAUCAGAGAAUGAGAAGAAAACAGAACAACUGAAACAAGACCAUGAGGAGAUGGUGGAAAAACUUACUGUAGAGCAUUCUAAAAAAAUGCAAGAAAUGUCAAAUGAACAUAAAGCCAAAAUUCAGGAGUGCUGUGAUAUUGAAGAAUCUCUCAGACAGGAACUAGCAGCAAGUCAAGGGGAAGUCUCCAAACUUAAACAGGAAAUCAAAGAUGGUACGGAAGAUAAAAAGUUGCAUGAGAAGAAGGGACAGACUAUGAUGAAAGAUCUGAAGAGACAGCUAGUGUCGGAGAGACGGAGAGCUGAGAAAUUACAGGAUCGCCUUCAGGAAGUACUGUCAGACAGCCGCAAUACAUGUACCAAAAGUGUUGAGGAUUUAUUGGCUGGAAACGAUGGCAAUGAAUCUCUGGACAGAAGCUCUCUUUCCUCAUGGAGUGCUGCCAACAGUAAUGUCAGGGACAACAGUAUCUUGAGCUCGCCACAGAGCCCUGACAAGUCUUUCGGAGCGGAUGCCACGGAGCUGGACCAGGAACACAGCGAGUUAUUGGCCAGGCUGACAGACAUUCAGCAGGAGAAGUGGUAUCUGGAGGAAAAGGUGAGGCAUCUAGAGAACAGCACUGCAGCAAUGGCCGACGAUUUGAUACAGAAGAGUCAGAUCAUUCAACACUACGUCAUGGAGCAAAGGAGAGAAACCAAACAACCAGUGCAGGAAGACAAAUUAACUCUUAAAAAAGUGAUAGACCUAGUGAACAAACAUGACGAUCAAAAUCUGAAGGAGAUGAAUCGAAAACUGCAGAAUGUCCUGGAAGAGACACUUACCAAAAACAUGCAUCUACAAGAGAAUUUGGAGAUGAUGUCUCAAGAGGUUGUACGCCUGAGUAAAAUACAACCGACGUCAAAGGACGAAUCUGGUGCUAGUGCAACGGGGUCGUGACCCUUUUCAUCACUAAGUGCAAUAGAUAUGUAUGUGAACUUGUGUGCCAGAGAGAAAAAAGGCUUUGAGACAGUAAGAAUAUGAAAAUAGUGCUCUUAAAAUGUAUAACAAGCGAGCGAAGUGGUAAGAAUCUGUGGUAUGCUUUGCAAUGGGAAUAAAAAAGCCAACAAUUGGUGAUAAAAUAUGUACUAUUUCCCAAACUAUGUUGGGGAAUAUUUAUGGGUUGCAGGUCAGGAAUUUUCGUUUUGCUAUUGAUGCUAGUGUUGAAGAUUUCUGACUUGUUAUCCUAUAAAACAACCAUGAACCACGGUCAUAAUCGUAAACUAUACAAACCGUACGGAAUACCAUCGACGGUUACAGGUUGUAGCGAUGCACUCUUGUACUGUUAUACUUUCAGUAUGGAAAUAUGUUCAGCAGAGUUCAUAAAGAGACUCUUUGUUUAAUUCUUUGUUAUCCUCACUUUGUCUUCCAUUGGCUUGUCGUUCGUAAACUAGGCAUAAAUACUUUCUUUAACAUUUUUUUGUCUUCAGCUUACAAAUGGUAUAUGGGUUGACUUUUAAUAGAAAACUUUCAGUUGUUUAUCUUAUAUUGAAUCCCAGUCAAGGAAGGUUAGACACAUUCAAUUUUCGGCAUACUUUAAAAUGAACUUUUACAUUAUGCAAUCAGUCAAAUGAAACCUUAAAGUUUGUACACAUCGUAUCCACAAUAGUAAUAAUAUUUCAAAGAUUUUGAGAAACAGCUUUGCUGUAUUACAAUAUUUUAACACAUCUGACGAGAUAUCCAUAAACAUAUUUAUGAAUAUUUAAUUACAUUAAAUAAAAUAAUUAAAUUUUAAUUAAAUUGUUUAAGGCGGUGAUUAUAUUUCAGAUGUUUGUUGUAUUCUUCUCUCAUUAUAGAAUACUGCGUUUGAUUCAUCUCGAAGAUAUAAAAUGCUUUAAGCUGACAUGAAUUCAUAAAAGCAUUUGGUCACCAUAUUAGUUUCGAUCGCUCCGCUACUGCCACUGGGGUAUGUAAACCGGUUGAGAAUGUUACGGUCGGUUGUUUUUCGAUCGAGGCAUUCAGGUUGCACGGCCUUCUAAAUGCAUGAACUACACAUUGUAGUAAAAUUGUUUGUAAUAAAGAAUGAAGGAAACAACAAUCAAUAAAACUCAAUAUAUAUUUACAUGUAUUUGUAGAGAGAAUUUCCAAGGUACCCGUAUACUUUGGCACAGAUAGUGCUGUCUUACUGGUACUUCGCAUGCACAUCGAACACGUGUGUCGUUCAUAGAGAGUGCAUAGCGGCUGCAUAUUUUUGAAAACCCCGGCGGCACUACAUCCAACACAGUAGCUAAAUGAUAAAAAAAUCCAAGAAAGUAACAACUUAGCAUCGUUUCCAUCGGUUUAUGCAAAAACGUCCCGUUUCUAAAAUCCAUGCGACAUUGCUCGAUCUGCCACAAUGUAUGGUUUCCUUAGUGCGGUGUCAUAACAUACACAGGAAAACGGUCUACAAUCAUCGAGGAUUUUUUGAAUUAUAUGUGCCUGGAUUUCAGUCUGUCUUGUUUUGUCGUUCAUUGGAUAUUCCUUGCCAGUGUAGUGGUUGUUAUAUCAUUUUUGUUCAAGACGCGUUUCUGAACGUCUUUUCGUCCAAGGUAUUGUGUUCGGGUGUAUGAAAUAACUGAAUGCGGUGAAGCAUGAAUAACGCUCUCGGUCUUUGAUAGGGGUUGUUUAGCGAUGGGCAGAACAAUAGAAAUCGACAAUUAAUAUGGCGGUAGUCGGAGAUAAAAAAGGAAAUAAUGCGUAUUUAUGAAUUCAUGUCAGCUCUAAUCUUUGAAUUAACCUUCAAACUCAGUUUUCUCAGUUUUAAAACCGUAAAUAAGCUUAUUUAUCUAGUGAUACGUUUUUGUUAAAAGGUCGUAAAAAGGAGCCACGGGCAUUUUCUAUUCAGAAAGUAUUCGGAAAAAAUGCAAAUUCGUAAUUUUGAUAUUUAUUCAUGCUAUUAUCAUUCCUAUUUAAGAGAGAGAGAGAGAGAGAGAGAGAGAGAGAGAGAGAGAGAGAGAGAGAGAGAGAGAGAGGGGGUUUUAGUUUUUGGUUUGUAUGUUUAUAAAUAUUUUAAUGAAUUCUGCAUAGUAUUGAAAAAUACUCUUUUGAUGUUCUGUAUAUUUUAAGUUUGUAUGAAAACAAUAAAUAUUG